AUGAGUGUCGGAUCUUUCCUUCGUCAACUUGAUCGCCGGAUCCAGACUCAAGAGAGCAGAAUCCAGAAGAAGGAAGGGACGAGAAGAUGGGGAAACGAAGAUCUUGACCCGACCCCGGUUCAGCAAAGAACAUGGAGGCAUUGGAAUUACUUCAUGUUCUUCUGGGCGGUUUCCUUCAACCCGAAUCAAUGGAACACGGGUUCAAGUCUGGUCAAUCAGGGAUUGAAAUGGUGGCAAGCACUUCUCUCCAUCGCCGUGGGAAACUUGCUCUGUUCUAUCGUCUUGGUCAUUCAAUCCCGCGGACCCGCUGUUUACCACAUUGGAUAUCCCGUUUUUGUGCGCGCCAGUGCUGGCAUGUUUGGAUCUUUGUGGUUCAUUUUCCUCCGUGGUUGCGUCGCCAUCAUUUACUUUGCAACUCAGACCUUUUAUGCGGGAAAAUUGUUUGACGUGAUGCUUCGAUGCGCAUUUGGCCACAACUGGCAAGACAUUCCCAACCACCUCCCUGAGAGUGCUGGCAUCACUACCAGAGGCCUUGCUGCCUUUUUCCUCUACUGGGCCGUACAGCUGCCCUUCAUGUUAAUCCACCCACAACGCGCCAAGUGGCUCUACACAAUCAAGAGUACAAUCGCUCCUCCCGUGCUCAUCGCGGUUUUUGGAUAUGUGGUGGGCAAAAAUCGAGGCUUGACAGGUUCAACGCAAAUCACGAAAACCUCGACGACUAGCGCCCUUGGUUGGGCAUUCAUGAACGGCAUCAACUCUGUUUGUGGAAGCAUCUCGCCCGAGAUCAUGUCGAAUGCGGAUCUGGCCAGAUACGCUCGCAAGCCCUCGGACGCUGCUUGGGCGCAAGCCGUGGGUAUCUUCACUAGCAAAACCUUCGUCAUCUUCAUGGGCAUUGCCUGUUCAAGCGCCUCAUUGAACCUCUGGGGGACAGCAUAUUGGAACAUGUGGGAUCUCCUCGGGGCUAUUUUGGAUCACAAUUGGAAUGCCGGGGCGCGAACAGCCGUCUUUCUGGUCUGUCUCAUCCAGGCCCUGGCCGUGAUGGCGACCAAUUUGGCGUCAAAUUGUCUGCCCGUGGGCGCUGACUUAACUGGGCUGUUUCCUAAGUAUUUCAAUAUUCCGCGUGGCCAAGUCUUCUGCGCAGUCAUCAGCCUGGCCGUUGUCCCUUGGAAACUUCAGGCGUCGGCACAGACCUUCCUGACCUUUCUGGGAUCCUAUGUCGUCUUCAUUGCACCUGUGAUUGCCAUAAUGAUUGUCGAUUACUGGGUCGUUCGCAAGGGCAACAUCCACGUGCCGUCUCUAUACGAUGACGGCUCUGACGGGCCUUACUUCUACUGGAAAGGAUUCAACCUACGUAUGUUUGCGGCUUGGGUGGCUGGAGUCGUCAUCGUCAUCCACGGGCUCGCAGGAGCCUACAAUCCCCAUUUCAGCCAGGCCAGCAAGGACAUGUACACGAUGGGAUUCAUCUUGGCAUCUUUGACCGGCGCGUUGGUAUACUAUAUCUUGGUCCGCAUCUGGCCGAUAAAGCCGUACCCUGCAGACCGUGACGGGAUGCCGAUGACCCUGGAAUACCUUGGCCAGACGAGCGGACAUUUUGAGGAGGACGUUAUCGACGGCGUGCCCGGGCACCAGAAAGAAGAGUUUGGCGAAAAGACGCCGCCAAAGGAGAAAGACGUGACACAGACUUUCACUACGUUGGCCUGA